UCAUGACAAUACUGCCCAGGUAUUCUAAAGUUCCGCUCUACUUAAUAGUAACACGAAGACGGAGAAAAUAAUAAUAAUGACGAAAAUAACGAUGACGCGUUUCUGCAUUUUAAUUGGCUAAUGUCUGUAACGGUAAUUAAAUGUAGGCCUACGUAAUGUUUGCUGGACGGAGGACAGUUCGCCACACAUUGCAUUGUCUUCAGGGGGUGACGUUACCUUGGGUAUCAAAUAUCACAGCUGACAAAACAUGUCUAGAGGCUCAGUGUGACUGCGAAGUCAAAAACACUGCGUUCUGGAGAAUGAAAAAAAAAAAAACCCUGUUGAAUUUUGCGAAAAAGACACCCUCGAGCUAAACUAAGAUCUCCAGACAGGGGGCGCUGUGAGUACAGCGAGACAGAGAAAAUAUUCCUCCCCCACGGUACUGGAUUUUCACCGAAUGAGGGUGUGGGCAGGGACGUAAGCGAUUUUCGCUUCAAUCUUUUUGGAAAAUCUGAACACAAAAUUCAUCAGGAGUCGUUUGGUGGUGGUGAGAGAGCUUCCCCCUUCCUGUUUCUGACUGCAUCUUCCCAUUCACGCAUCACUUCCUGUUUCUGACUGCCUCUUCACCUCGCGCAUCACUUCCUGUGGACGAAUGCGCUCCAGAGCCGCAAGGAACUCCAGCCUCCACCUGUGUCGAUCCGCCCAGUCCUCCCACACCAGAGCAGCACUGCCCUCCAGGAGCACAGGCUUCAGUUAGCAGAAGAAGCGGGAGCCGUAAUGGACGACAUUUUCACCCAGUGCCGGGAGGGCAAUGCAGUGGCCGUCCGCUUGUGGCUGGACAACACAGAGAAUGACCUCAACCAGGGGGAUGACCACGGGUUCAGCCCUCUGCACUGGGCCUGUCGGGAGGGCCGCUCCAGCGUGGUGGACAUGCUGAUCAUGAGAGGAGCCCGCAUCAACGUCAUGAACCGUGGAGACGACACGCCCCUGCACCUGGCCUCCAGCCACGGCCACCGCGACAUCGUGGGCAAGCUGAUCCAGUGCAAGGCAGACACCAACACGGCCAACGAGCAUGGCAACACACCACUACACUACGCCUGCUUCUGGGGUCAGGACCUGGUGGCUGAGGACCUGGUAACUAACGGCGCCCAGGUGAGCAUCUGCAACAAGUACGGAGAGACUCCGCUGGACAAGGCCAAACCCCACCUGAGGGACCUGCUCAAAGAGCGCGCCGAAAAGCUGGGACAGAGCCUGACCAAGAUCCCCUACAAAGACACCUUCUGGAAAGGCACAACUCGAACCCGGCCCCGUAACGGCACUCUGAACAAACACGCGGGCAUUGACUUCAAACAGCUGUCCCUCCUGGCCAAGAUCAAUGUGAAUCACUCUGGAGAGCUGUGGCAGGGACGUUGGCAGGGGACUGAGAUUGUGGUGAAGGUGCUGAAGGUUCGAGACUGGACCACCAGGAAGAGCCGAGACUUCAACGAGGAGUAUCCCAAACUCAGGAUAUUCUCCCACCCGAACGUGCUGCCCAUGCUGGGGGCUUGUCAGUCACCCCCCGCCUGUGACCCCAUCAUCAUCACACACUGGAUGCCCUAUGGCUCCCUCUACAAUGUGCUGCACGAGGGCACCAAUUUCGUGGUGGACCAGACACAGGCGGUGAAGUUCGCCCUGGACAUCGCCUGCGGGAUGGCCUUCCUGCACACGCUGGAGCCCAUGAUCGCCCGCCUGUAUCUCAACAGCAGGAGCGUGAUGAUUGACGAGGACAUGACGGCCAGGAUAAGCAUGGCGGAUGUCAAGUUCUCCUUCCAGUGCCCUGGCAGGAUGUACUCCCCAGCCUGGGUGGCCCCUGAAGCUCUGCAGAAGAAGCCAGAGGAGAUUAACCGGCGGUCGGCGGACAUGUGGAGCUUCUCUGUUCUUCUGUGGGAACUGGUGACCCGCGAGGUGCCCUUCGCUGACCUGUCCAACAUGGAGAUUGGCAUGAAGGUGGCUUUGGAAGGACUCCGCCCCACGAUCCCCCCGGGAAUCUCGCCCCACAUCUGCAAGCUGAUGAAGAUCUGCAUGAACGAGGACCCGGCCAAGAGGCCCAAAUUCGACAUGAUCGUGCCCAUCCUGGAGAAGAUGCAGGACAAGUGAACUGCCCCCCCCACCCAAGCCCUGGCCCACCCCCCUCGCCCCCCUUCAUGUAUACUGGCCCUCGUACCCCCCACAGACGCGGUGCUUACCGGUAUUGCCUUAAACUUUAGCGCUCACUACUUACCGCUGCUAUCCUCGCCACUGUAGUCUGUGCUUCUGAGAACAGAAGCAGUUUGUUAGCAUUAAUAAUGAGGAUUUCAUUAUUACUGUUGCCUUAUGUCUGGAAAAGAGCGUUGUCUUUUUCAUAAUUAUUAUUAUUAUUAUUAUUGUUAUUAUCAUUAUUAUAACAGUCCUGUCAUGACCCUCUUUGCGUUUGUACACAUUUUUACAGUUUUUGGCUGUGACUGACUAGUGGAAGAAGCCCCAAAAAAUUGAAGUGUGUGUUACUGACUGACUGACUGACUGACUGACUGACUGGCUCACUGGCUCACCGAGUGAGUGGCUCUGGCGCACUGAGUGAGUGGCUCCUGCUGUAACUGAUUUUACCACUAGAUUUCACGGCCGUAGAACAAGGCCUGUUAAGGUCCUUCAAUUGUGUAGGCUCCACACUCUGCCCUGUUGUCUGACUGACUGACGUUUCUGUCUGCGUGGAAGAAGUUAGGGGAGCGUGUGUAUUUUCCAACGCUCUCGUCUCCUUGAGGUGUAAAUAACGUUUUGUGGCUCCCGACACAACGGUCAGACACUGUAAAAGAGGAUCCUCUUCUACUGAAUUUCUUUCAGCAGCCUGCUUAUUUCUUUGUGUAGUGUAUUUUCAAAGUCUGUUUUUAUUAAAAAUGGCAGUAUGUAUGUCCAAGGAUGACGGCUAACAGGGUCAGGUGUCUACGCCCCCCCGUCCCCCCUUGUUGAACACCGUAGUUCUAUGUACUGUAUGCGUCUCUGUCAUGGAACUUUCCGGAACCAACAGCAGUUCCCAACCUGGCCUUCUUCAGGAUGGGAGCAGAGCCGAACUGCAUGGUAGCGCCACCCUCAGUGCCUCACCUGCCCUCCCAAACCCGUCCCGGUCUACUGCAAGGUUCCCAAAGUCCAUACUGUCAAACUGUGCUUAAGAGGGGGCCUGGGAAGCGCCCUGAACAUUGCGUACUGCACUGCGUCCUGCAUCACCUUGGAAGUCAUCUACCGUCUACUAUCCUUCACCAAGAUGUUCUUCAUGUUCUGACACAUUUUUAUUUCACAUUUCAUCCUAUUUUUUUUUAAAUAUGCUUUGAUAAUUGUAGUGUUUCACAGGAGUGAAAAGGAGCCAGGAGGAUGAAGAUGCCCUGGUAAUGGUCCUCCCAUGUGGUUCUUUUAUUCCUGUUUUUUUUUUUUUUUCUUGUUUUUUUUUUCUUGUUUUUUUACAUGCGCUUCUUUCUGUCUACGCCGGCUUGCUUGUUUGUGCUGAAUCAAGGGGGAAAAGCCAAAACAAAGCAUGUCUUAUACAAAUGUAUGUAAUUUAUAUAAAUAUAUAAAAAGGAGAAAAUGUCUUGGUUUUUUUAUAUAGGUGCAAGAUAUUAAAUUCCUCAUAUGACAUGUA